AUGGCCAACGAGGGCGAACGGCCAACCUCCGCCGACAAGGGCAAGGGCAAGGUUGAUGAUGUUCGUGAGUUGAAUGGCAAGAAGACCGAAGGCGAGAAGCCAGCAGACGAAAAGAAGAAAGAUGAGGCAUCUCAAGAAGAGGAACUUAGUGAAGAGGAUCAACAAUUGAAGAGCGAACUUGAGAUGCUCGUUGAGCGGUUAAAGGAACCCGAUACCUCGCUCUAUGGGCCUGCUUUGGAUGCAAUCAAGAACUUUAUCAAGACUUCUACUUCCUCCAUGACAGCUGUUCCUAAGCCUCUCAAGUUCCUCCGACCCCAUUAUGAUGACCUGGCAGGGCUAUACGAGAAAUGGGUCCCAGGCCCUGUGCAGAACUCGUUGGCCGAUAUGCUGUCUGUGCUUGGAAUGACCUACGGAGAUGAAGAGAAGCUGGAGACCAUCAAAUACCGCUUGUUGGCCAAAUCGGAAGACCUUGGCUCUUGGGGUCACGAGUAUAUCCGACAUCUCGCACUGGAAAUUGGACAAGAAUAUCAGAACCGGUUGAACGCAGAGCAGGAUACCCAGGAUCUAGUGGACCUUGCGUUGUCGCUGGUGCCCUAUUUCCUGAGUCAUAACGCUGAAGCCGAUGCUGUUGAUCUCAUGAGCGAACUGGAAAUCAUCGAAGAUAUUCCUCAAUUCGUCGACGAGAACACAUAUGCUCGAGUCUGCUUGUAUAUGGUCAGCAUGGUCAAUCUACUCACCUACCCUGAAGAUCAGCAAUUCCUUCGAACCGCCCACGAGAUCUACGUCCGCUACAACAAGCUUUCGCAAGCGAUCGUGCUCGCUAUCCGGUUGAACGACACUGAGCUCAUCAAGAGUGAUAUCCACGCCACGACUGAUAUGUCUUUGAAGAAACAGAUGGCUUUCCUUGUCGCCCGGCAGCAGAUCUGGCUCGACCUCCCGGCCGAGGAUGAGGAGGGAGAGGCCUUGGCUGAUUGUCUCAACAACACUUCUAUCCCGAAGCACUUCAAGUCUCUGGGCAAAGAACUCAAUAUUCUGGACCCAAAGAUGCCGGAGGAUAUCUACAAGACACAUCUUGAGAGCAGUCGCGGAGCCGGCCUCACCAAUCUUGAUUCGGCACGACACAACUUGGCCAGCGCAUUUGUCAACUCAUUUGCCAACUCUGGCUUUGGUAACGAUGAGAUGAUGCUAGUGGAGGGUGAUAAGCGCCCGUGGGUGUGGAAGACCAAGGAUGAUGGCAUGCUUUCUACAACUGCGUCGCUGGGUAUGCUGCUACACCGUGAUGUCGAGGACGGUUUGGAUAAAAUCGACAAGUUCACCUACGCGCAAGAAGACCAGGUUAAGGCUGGUGCACUGCUCGCUAUUGGUAUCCUGAACUCCGGCGUCCGACUUGACUCUGACCCCGCCCUUGCCCUCUUGAGUGAUCCCGACAACCUUGAGGCGAAGAACGUGCCGAUGAGAGUUGCAUCCAUCAUGGGUCUUGGUCUGGCAUAUGCCGACAUGCAGCUGUCUGCCAUGGCAGCAGUUUCACUGGGUCUCAUCUUUGUUGGUUCAUCAAACCACCAGGUUAGCGAGGCAAUCGCGACGACCUUGAUGGAUGAGGAGCGUCAGAAGCAGCUCAAGGACAAGUGGACAAGGUUCAUGGCCCUUGGUCUGGCACUUCUGUACUUCGGCCGCCAAGAGGAGGUUGAUGUCAUCCUCGACAUCCUCAAGGCAGUUGACCACCCCAUGGCUAAGCCCACUUCAGUCCUUGCCUCAGUAUGCGCUUGGGCAGGUACUGGCACGGUGCUCAAGCUACAAGAGCUUCUCCACAUCUGCAAUGACCUCAUUGAAGAAAAGGAGGAGAACAAGGGCGAUGAGCUUGUUCAGUCGUAUGCUGUUCUCGGUCUGUCUCUCAUUUCCAUGGGCGAGGAUGUCGGACAGGAUAUGAUUCUCCGCCAGUUCGGUCACCUCAUGCACUACGGAUCUAGCAACAUUCGCCGGGCUGUUCCCCUGGCUAUGGGCCUGAUCAGCCCCAGCAACCCACAAAUGAAGGUUUACGACACACUGUCCCGGUACAGUCACGACAAUGACAACGAUGUUGCCAUUAAUGCCAUCUUCGCCAUGGGUCUCUGUGGCGCUGGUACCAACAAUGCCCGUAUCGCACAGCUUCUCCGGCAAUUGGCCAGCUACUACCACCGCGACCAGAACUCACUAUUCAUGGUUCGCAUCGCCCAGGGUCUCCUACACAUGGGCAAGGGUACCAUGACGCUUAAUCCCUUCCACACCGACCGACAGGUCCUUUCCCGUGUCUCAGCAGCGGGUUUGCUUACUGUGCUUGUAUCGCUCAUCGAUGCUAAGCAAUUCAUCCUCGCUGAACAUCACUACCUGCUCUACUUCCUCAUUACCGCCAUGUUCCCCCGCUUCCUUAUUACCCUCGAUGAGGACCUUCAGCCACUCACCGUCAACGUCCGCGUUGGUCAGGCUGUGGACGUGGUCGGCCAGGCGGGUCGUCCGAAGACCAUCACUGGAUGGCAGACUCAGAGCACGCCAGUGCUCCUGGCCUACGGUGAGAGAGCCGAGCUCGAGGAUGAGCAGUACAUCCCUCUGAGCAGCACACUCGAAGGCUUGGUCAUCUUGCGCAAAAACCCGGACUAUGAAAACCCCGAAUAA